UUGGCCAAUAUAACUUCUCUUUGAGCGAAAGUCAUUUAAGCUGCUAGUGUUUUUCUGUUCCGUAUUCGCUCACGAAAGAUUUUUGUUGUAUAAAGAAAAAUUCACGGUGUAUACCUGCAUUAGCUAUAUUAAAAUUGUGUUAAAGAAAAACGAUUCUAACAUACAAACAAAUUACCCAAGUGAACUUAAAUAAAAACACAGUAGUUUCACUGUUUUAAAAUAAAUUUUUUGUACCCUUUCACACAAACAUAUAUAUAUACACCACAUAAAAACAUGUUUCUUUGGGAUUGGUUCAGUAACGUUUUAAAUUACCUAGGCUUGUACAAAAAAUCCGGUAAAUUGCUGUUUUUGGGGCUAGAUAAUGCGGGUAAAACAACAUUAUUACAUAUGCUUAAAGACGAUAGACUGGCACAGCAUGUGCCCACAUUGCAUCCAACUUCGGAAGAAUUGUCGAUUGGUAAUAUGAGAUUCACAACAUUCGACUUGGGAGGUCACACACAAGCCCGUCGUGUUUGGAAGGAUUACUUCCCGGCUGUUGAUGCAAUCGUAUUUUUGGUAGAUGCCUGGGAUCGUUCACGUUUCCAGGAAAGCAAAAACGAAUUGGAUUCAUUGUUAACGGAUGAAUCGUUGUCAAACUGUCCCGUUCUUAUCUUAGGCAACAAAAUCGAUAAACCAGGCGCAGGCAGCGAGGAUGAAAUCCGUAACUUCUUCGGCCUAUAUCAACUAACCACCGGAAAGGGUACCGUCUCACGAGCUGAACUUCCAGGCCGCCCACUAGAGUUGUACAUGUGCUCGGUAUUGAAGCGUCAAGGUUAUGGUGAAGGUUUCCGCUGGUUGGCUCAAUACAUUGAUUAAAUCGAACUAAAAAAGAAUUCCGCCAACGCAACCAAAACAACAUACCCCCCGGGAUGCAACAACUUUAAAUACCAAGCAUUCACCAGAUGUAUUAAAUUUACAAAUUGCAAACAACAGUAAAACAAAUGAUAAUUAUUACCGAAUAUAAGAAACUGAUGAAAAAAAUCUGAACCACAAACAACUUGUUUGUAACAAGCAUGCCGUCGAUAUUUGAAUGAAAACCAACAACAACAAUCUUCACUUGAAACACGAUGAUAAAAACAAAAAGAAAUAAAACUAUUUAAACGAUUUAAGA